AUGCUCUGGGCUCCGGGUCCAUCUCGCUCACUCAGCCUUCUCCUCCUGCUCCUGGCCUCCCACAGGGCUGAAGGGGGCCCUCCUCCUCUCCGCAGGUUUGAGUACAAGCUCAGCUUCAAGGGAGCAAGGCUGGCGCUGCCUGGGGCUGGAAUACCUUUCUGGAGUCUCCAUGGAGAUGCCAUCCCAGGCCUGGAGGAGGUGCAGCUGGUGCCGUCCAUGAGGAACCGCAGAGGUGCUGUAUGGAGCAAGGUCCCUGUCCCCUUCCCUGCGUGGGAGGUGGAGGUGCAGAUGAGGGUGACUGGACCAGGUCGCCGGGGAGCCCAGGGCAUGGCUGUGUGGUACACCCGGAACAGCGGCCGUGUCGGCCCCGUGCUGGAGGGGCCGGCCUCAUGGGACGGCGUUGGGAUCUUCUUCAACUCCUCAGCCCAGGAUGGCCAGAACAGCCCUGUCGUUCGUGUGCUGGCCAGCAACGGACACGACUCCCAGGAGCCGUUUGGGGAUAGAAGCAGUCAGCUGCUGGGCUCCUGCCACUGGGACUUUCGGAACCGGCCGUACCCUUUCCGAGCACGGAUCAUCUACUGGGGACAGCGGCUGCGUGUGUUCUUGAGUGAUGGCCUUACUCCCAGUGACCCUGACACGCUCUGUAUUGAUGUGGGACCCCUGAUUUUGGCCCCUGGAGGUUUCUUUGGGGUCUCGGCAGCCACCAGCAGCCUGGCAGAUAAUCAUGACGUCCUGUCCUUCCUGACCUUCAGUCUGAGGGAACCAAAUCCAGAGUCUGCUCCCCAGCCCUUCCUGGAGAGAGAACAGCUCCGCUUGGCCAGAGAGCUGGAAGGGCUUCAGGCAAAGCUGGGCCUGGGCACCCAAAAGGACGUCGUUCCACAGCCAAAUCCCAAAGACCAGGAGCAAGGACAAUGGCCCUUCAACCUGGAGGAGACACUAGGAAGGCAGAGCCUAAUUCUGCAAGCCCUCCAGGCUCUCUCCAGGCAGCUGGCCCGGGCUGAGAAGCAAUGGAAGGAGCAGCUGGAGUCCCAAGGCCAGAUCAGACCUGAAGAAAGCUGGGACCCUGCCAAGGUCAGCACCCUGUUGUUCGGACAGCGGACUCUGCUCCAGGCCCUGCAAGAGCCGAGGGAUACAGCUGCCCGCAUGGCCUCCAGAGCCCAGGUCUUCUACCUGCCUGUGGGUACCGAGCAUCAUUUCCAUGAACUGGAACGGAUCUUGAGCCUCCUGCAGAAGGAUCUUAAGGGUCUGAUGAAAGCGGCAGCCAAAGCCCCCCGCCCACCUGGCUGGCACCCGGGGGCCUCUGCAUGCCUGAGGCCUGGCGUCUUCCUAUUCUUCCUCCUCAUCCAGACUGUAGGCUUGCUGUACUACUUGAACUUCAGCAGACAAGAGCUGGACAGGAGGCUUCAGGAAUGUCUAUCCACAGGAAGCCUUCCUCUGGGGCCUGCACCGCACAUCCCGAGGGCAUUGGGGGUUCUGAGGAGGCAGCCGGUCUCCCCCAGCAUGCAACCCUGA